AUGCCCGCCAAAAUACUUCUCCUGACGUUCGCCAUCUGCCGUCUGAUCGCCGCCGUCGGGCUGACCCUCGGCUCCGCCGAGCUCCUCCACCUCGAGGUGGAGGGCCGGCUCAGCCUGGACCCGGCCGACGCGGCCGCCGCAUCCCGCGACUUCGGCGGCGCGCCGGCUGCCCCGCCGAUGGCGGUCCUCCGCCCUGCCUCCGCCGGCGACGUGGCCCGGCUCGUGAAAGAGGCUUACGGGUCGGCCCGCGUGAUCGCCGUCUCGGCCCGUGGCCACGGCCACUCGAUAAGCGGCCAGGCCGCGGCCGGAGGCGGCGUGGUAGUCCAGAUGACCGGAAAGGGUGAAACGCACACAUGUUCGGAGGAGCAAAACUCUGAAUUGUACCAUGCUGUUCUUGGUGGAUUAGGACAAUUUGGGAUCAUUACCAGGGCCAGAAUUGCACUUGAAAAAGCUCCCACUAAGGUGAAGUGGAUCAGGGUGUUGUACUCUAACUUCUCGGCCUUCACGCAAGACCAAGAGUACCUCGUCUCACUGCAUGGGAAAGAAGAGAGAUUUGACUACGUGGAAGGCUUUGUGAUCGUUGAUGAAGGGCUUAUUAAUAACUGGCGAUCCUCAUUCUUUUCCCCGCGAAAUCCCGUCAAGAUUUCCACUCUUAAUGCUGAUGGGGGCGUCUUAUAUUGUCUUGAAGUUGUCAAAAAUUAUGUCGAAUCUAAUGCCGAUACCAUUGAUGAGGAAGUGGAGGCCAUACUAAAGAAAUUGAAUUUUAUACCCUCUUCGGUUUUUACAACUGAAAUCUCGUAUGUGGAUUUUCUGGACCGGGUUCACAAGGCCGAGUUAAAGCUACGGGCCAAGAACCUGUGGGAUGUUCCUCACCCAUGGCUAAACCUAUUUGUGCCCAAAUCAAGAAUUGCGGACUUCGAUGAAGGGGUGUUCAAGGGCAUUUUGGGCAACAACACUAGCGGCCCUAUCCUCAUCUACCCCAUGAAUAAAAACAAAUGGGACGAGAGAACCUCAGUCGUAACUCCUGACGAAGACGUGUUUUACUUAGUAGCGCUACUUAGAUCUGCAUUGGACAAUGGUGAAGAGACGCAAACGUUAGAGUAUUUGAGCAAUCAAAAUCGUCAAAUAUUGCGAUUUUGUGAAGAGGCCGGAAUAAAAGUUAAACAAUAUCUACCUCAUUACACUACACAAGAAGAGUGGAAAAAUCAUUUUGGGGAAAAAUGGGCCUUAUUUUCGAAAAGAAAGGACGAAUUCGACCCGAGACAUAUUUUAGCCACGGGACAACGCAUAUUCACGCCCAAUCUUAACCCUAUGGGAGCUUCAUAA